UCGGCACUUCCGGUGACCAGAGGUAGGGAAGGAAACAGGCCCGAACCGGAGUCGACAGGUAGAGAGGACUUGCCUCGCCGAGGCUGCCGUGAGAAGCGUGCAUGAGUGCGGAGGGUCCCGGACCCCGGCUCCCCAGCAUCGAAGGCAGCCGCCAUGCCCGCCCGCUGCGUGGCCGCCCACUGCGGCAACACCACCAAGUCUGGGAAGUCGCUGUUCCGCUUCCCCAAAGAUCGGGCCGUGCGGCUGCUGUGGGACCGCUUUGUGCAGGGCUGCCGCGCCGACUGGUACGGGGGCAAUGACCGCUCCGUCAUCUGUUCUGACCACUUCGCCCCGGCCUGUUUCGACGUCUCUUCGGUUAUCCAGAAGAACCUGCGCUUUUCCCAGCGCCUGAGGCUCGUGGCGGGCGCCGUGCCCACCCUGCACCGGGUGCCCGCCCCAACACCUAAGGGAGACCUAGCGGGCGGCCUGGAAAAGGGUGGAAAGCUUCAGGCAGCCAGGCAUUCUGAGGCUGCUCAGGGUCCGAUCUCCUGUACACGCCUCCGGGCUGGGAAGAGGGCUGCGGUUUCACAGAUUGCAUGUGGAAAUGAAGUUAUACAAACACAAGUCCCUGCUGAUAAUCUACCCAAUGAUGUCACUGCAGUACCUACUCACUGUGAAGAAGGCCCAGUGCAUAAAAGUACACAAAUUUCUCUGAAAAGGCCCCCUCACCGUAGUGUGGGUAUUCAGGCCAAAGUGAAAGCGUUAGGAAAACGACUGUGUAAUGCAAGUACUCAGACAGAUGAAUGGUGGUCUAGAACUUCCUCUCUCUUUGACAUUUACUCCAGUGAUUCAGAAACAGAUACAGACUGGGAUAUCAAGAGUGAACAGAGUGAUUUGUCUUAUAUGGCCGUACAGGUGAAAGAAGAGACAUGUUAA